AUGGCAACUACACUUCCUGAGAAAUUGAACGCUGCCUUGGAGGACAUCGAAGGCCAGUUCUACAUCGAUGACGACUUUUUGAUCAAAGCGUCGGAGUAUUUCGAAGAGUCGAUGAAGCAGGGGUUGGAAGCCUCCAAGCCCGACAGAAAGCACAUGCCCAUGAUUCCUUCCUACGUUACAAGUUUGCCCAGUGGUAAGGAGAGUGGGUUGUAUUUGGCAGCAGACUUGGGCGGUACCAACUUCCGAGUGUGCUCGGUCGACUUGCACGGCGACCACACUUUUGAUCUCAAGCAAUCGAAAUACAAGAUCCCCCACGAUUUAAUGGUUGGAAAUCACGCCGACCAUCUUUUCAAAUACUUGGCCGACAAGAUCCAGACUUUUCUCGAUGAGCACCACGCCGACGUCAAGGAAACUCAAGGCGAGGAUUUGAAGUUGGGAUUCACCUUUUCCUUCCCCGUGGAGCAAACGGCUUUGGAUAGAGGCAAAUUGCUCAGAUGGACCAAGAGUUUCGAUAUCCCCGAUACCGUGGGCAGAGAUGUUGUUCAGUUGUUACAGGCCAACUUGACCGUGUUGGAAAUACCCGUGCAGGUGGUGGCAUUGGCCAAUGACACCGUGGGCACUUUGUUGUCGAGAUCUUAUGCAAACAACCCCGCGUACACCAACGCCAACACCAUCAUUGGCUUGAUCUUUGGUACCGGUACCAAUGGUGCUUAUUUUGAAACCAUCGACAAAAUCACCAAAUUGGAAAAUGCGCCCAAGGGAGCUAAGGGGAUGGUGAUCAACACUGAGUGGGGUUCAUUUGACAAUGAAUUGCACAUCUUGCCAAACACAAUCUUUGACCAGAUUGUCGACUCUGAAACCGCCAAUAAGGGCUAUCACAUGUUUGAAAAGAGAAUCAGUGGGUUGUUUCUCGGUGAGAUCUUGAGAGUGGCAUUGAUGUACUUGUUUGAAAAGGGGUUCAUUUUCCAAGACUUGUACAACGAUAGAGGAGGAAGCUUGCCACAUAGAUUGGUUCAGCCAUGGCAGUUGGACUCGGAGGUUCUCUCAUACAUCCAAAUCGACGACUCGACAAAUUUGAAAAUGUCCGAGUUGAUUUUACAAAACACCUUGAGAUUACCAACCAACACCCACGAGAGAAUCGUCAUUCAAAGACUCACGAGAGCGAUUUCCAAGAGAGCCGCGCAAUUGGCUGCCAUCCCCAUCGCCACAAUUGUAAGGGACGUCAAGGACCAAUACAAGGACGACGACAAGGACUUUGAAAUUGGAUGCGACGGGUCCGUUAUUGAGUUUUAUCCUGGUUUCAAAGACGAAAUCAUGAAGGCAUUCCAAGUGAUUGACCCUUUGAAGGGAUCCACCAAACAAGUGCACUUGAAGAUUGCAAAAGACGGUUCCGGUGUCGGUGCUGCAUUAAUCGCUGCCACGGCUGUCUAA